AUGACUCUCGUCUGGGGCAUUAUUGCAUCGUUUUUGUACGUGGAGAUAUUCGUCGUGCUUUUUCUCGUUCUACCACUCCGGAGUCCCCAGCAAUGGCAUCGAUUUUUCAAAUCCCGCUUCCUGGCAAUGCUGAGCCGCCAAGCUCAGACCUAUUUCUAUUUGUUGCUGGCUGUGUUGGUUCUGUUCCUCCUGGAAGCCAUCCGUGAAAUGCGUAAAUAUUCGUCCAAUGAUCAUACACACACCGAAACUCACUUAAACGUGGAGAUGCAACACAGCAUGCGAUUGUUCCGGGCACAGCGCAACUUUUACAUUUCCGGCUUUGCCAUCUUCCUGUCGUUGGUGAUCCGUCGCUUGGUGUCACUCAUCAGUGGACAGGCAGUACUGCUGGCACAAGCAGAAGCUUCAAUGAAGCAAGCGCAAAGUGCAACCAGCGCUGCUCGCACCUUGAUGAAUCAGCAGAAGGACGGCGAUAAGAAAGCCGAUGCCAAGGACAAGCCGGCUGGCGGUGAUGUUCCAAAUACCGAAGACUUAAAGAAAAAGGUCUCCGAGCUUGAACAAGAGCUGGCCAAGGAGCGUAAGGAUAAGGAGGCUAUGAAAUCCCAAUCGGAAAGCCUGAACCGCGAAUACGACCGUCUAACAGAAGAAUACAGCAAACUGCAGAAGAAAAUCACCAUUUCUAGUGCGGACAAGAGCGACUAA